AUGAAAUGGAAUGCAUCCGCAACUGUGAAAAGAAUAGCUUGUGUUAUAAAAAAAAGUGAGUGAGCAAAAUAACACGAAGUAAGCGACUAGAGAAAACAGAAGUUCGUGAUUCAACUUUUAAGACGAAUGUUUUAAGUGUUUAGAGUAUGGCCGGGGUAAAGUGGCAGGACAGAUUGAAGUCUCUGGAGCAGAGAGCUUUAUCCUUUCAGUCUGCCCCUCUGUGCUGUCCCUAUAAGCCGCGUCUGUCCCGCCCGUGGCAACCGUCCUCUGUGUGGAGACUCUUCCCACGCCAGAGCGCAGCCAUCGCCUUCAUUCAGCACAUCAAACAGAAUGUGCAUAUAUUUUCAUUGGAGAAGGAAGGCAGUGACGCUGGACAAAGAAUUUUCCUAGUGACCAGCUACAGUGAACUCUGGCACUAUUACAGGACUCACCGACAGUCUCUGAUGCACUGCUAUGAGGUCAUUCUCGAAGGAGCCGUCUGCAAACUCUACUUUGACCUGGAGUUUGACAAACCAUCCAACAUGCACCUGGAUGGCAAGGUGAUGGUGGCAAAAUUAAUUCAGUAUGCGUGUGAGAAGCUCGAGGAGGUUUAUGGUCUACACUGCUCUCCUAAAGACAUCCUUAAUCUGGACUCCAGCACCUCUGAGAAGUUUAGUCGACAUCUCAUCUUCAUGCUGCCCAAUGCUGCAUUUAAAGACAACGCACAUGCAGGGCAAUUUAUUCAUGAUAUCCUAAAGCCUGCUCGGAACAGCAUUCAGAAGAGCAACCCAGGGACAACCACAAUACCAGUCUGUCCAGAAGAGAGCGGUGGGGAUGUGGAAACAUCUCAAGCCAAGAGAAGAAAGUGUGAGGAGAGGGAUCUCAGCUUUUUAAUUGUGAAGAACAGAAAUGGACAGGAACAACUCUUUGUUGACCUGGGUGUCUACACUAAGAACAGGAACUUCCGCCUCUACAAGUCUUCUAAACUGGGGAAGAAUGCUGCCUUCACUGUUGCAGAGGACAAUGAGUACGUCCCAAACUCCUCCGAGCACACCAUAGAAGAAGAAAGCCUAUUUCUAGCCUCCUUGAUCACCAACAUCAGUUUUACAGGACAGAGGAUAUUGACAUAUGAUAAGCCAGAGAGGGAUACAGGAGAAUCUCCCGGUUUGACCCUGCAGAGACAGUCACAUAAUUCUGAGCUGAUGGGUGACCAGCAGCCGUCUCCUUUUAAAGAAGUGGAUGAUUUUGUGUUGACGGUCGUGUGCAAAGAUGGAAUUCAAGGAAACAUACGGCGAUGGAAUUACUUCGCGCCUGAGCAUCUGCUAGUUUAUGAUAUUGGGAAAUUUCGCUGGUGCCACAACGUGAAACGUUUCCACAAGAGCAACAAUAUCAUGAUUGUGGUGGAUCUCACAGAGGAGGUGUGGUAUCAGAGAUGCCACGACCCUAACUGCAGGAGACAGAACUACAGAUCCUCCAGCUACCCACUGCCGCAGGAGGUCUGCAUGAGCCACAUAUUGAUGGAGGAUGAAGAAGAUCAGGCAUAUUUAACAGAUGAACUGGGCAACAUUGAGCUUGUCCAGAGAUCUGUACCCGUGUCUGCUCCAGCACCGCAGGAGGACUGGGGAGACUCGCCCGAUGACCCGGCUUACCUGGAAGCCCUUCAGGAGGUAGAACAGGCGACUGAACUGGAGGAAGUCUCAGAUGAGCUUCUGCUCCAAGCAGUGACUGAGUGUGAAUGAUGGUAGUGUAUAGUCAACACUGGAUGCAAAGAGUUAUGAUGAUGAAUAUGCUAACCAUAUAUGAUGGUGAAUAUGUGCUAUGACGAACUGUUACUAGUGCAAUUUGACUUUUUUGCUGUAUAAACAUUUUCCUAAGAUACAGAAUGUGCUUAAAUGUUUAAAAGUAAUUUAUUUCAGUGAAUUCUUUUACUACAUGAAUUUUUAAUUGUAUA